AUGUCGGUGCGCGUAGACCAUCGGGAUCGUGACCGAUUUUCGAGACACUCUUCGCGCGCUUCCGUAGAUCUCGCUUUUCCAAGUAGUUCCACCCGCGAGCAUUCCAUUCGCUCGGUGCAUUCAGCGCGAGUUCCAAGAGCUGCUAGCGAUGAUUUGAUGGUGCCCGUGCGCACGCUGCGUUCAGCUUCAUGUCGUGUUACACCUGGUGCCCCUCACCGUUUACGCCGUCACCAUUCUUCGGCAGCCGAAUGCGAACGCGCACGGCGAUCUCGUCGCCAUACUCUCGAGUUACCAAACAGCCGCGGUCCUAGCGUCCGGAGCCGCUCCCCGGAGCCUCCACCACCUCCGCCAGAGCCCGAAGUUCCCCCCGAAGAUGCUGGCAAAGAAGCGAGGAGGCGGCGCGUAGUGGCUGCUGUAGCCGCCUCGUUCUUCGCAUUAGCGCUGGCAUCGGUGCUCGUCGUGGUGGUGACGCUGACUCACAGCUCUGUUCUGCGAGCUCACAACCAAACGGCCAAGUACUACACGUUCUCCGUGCCGCCGCACCAUCCUCUCAGUGAGCCCCGUUCAUGUUGCCCCACCGUCGCCCCUCCCGCUUCGCAUGCGACUGUCUCCGACCCUGAGUGCCAGGGGCUGCGAACGUCGCCGCGUCGCCUCGUCUGCUCACCGCCACCAUAUGCGGUAUAUAAUAAUAUUGUGAAGUACACACAUUAA